GUAUCAACACAAGAUGACAGUUACGUUACAUCAUCAGUGACAUGGUGAUUAAUUGUUAUUGAAACACAGUACCAAGCACGUUUUCUGAGUGCCAGCAUUGACGAUAUUGCCACCGAGAACGUGAGUACAUCGACGUGAAACCUAACGGCAACGGUUGCCCCAUAAACCAUGCCUUGCCGGUCUGGACAGGACGGCGUCAACAAUACCUCUCCAUCUAAGUUUGUAUUCCAGUGCUGUUUCCAUCCCGACUUUUGUACGGAAGAAUCAAUGUUCCAGAAUAGCUUCUCUAUCAACGCGUAUCGAUCCCUCUUGUGGGUUUCUACGACUUGAUCGCCCUGAGCAAUCCAGGUGAAUAGAUGUGAGAUGUGUGCAACCUUGGCACGCACUGUCCGUACUCUGCAGUACAUGGCGCCUGUGACGACUGUCUUGUUAUAUCAUGUGAAUUCCCGCGUACAGAUCACCUGACUGACUCACGGCAGUGAUGGGCUUCCGGGCCUUACUCGCUUACACCUUGGCUCUCUUAGUAAUAGGCUCUACUCUAGGUAUAGGCGUGGCAGCAGCAGGGGUCAACAAACACACGUCUCUGGUGGCGGGGCCCGCCCCUGGGUACAUAACCUCUCCCUCCUGGCCAGUCAACUACCCACACAACCACCAGGAGACGUGGACGUUCAGGUCGAUUGACUCUAUCUACGUCAUCGUAGUUCAGGCUGUGGCUACACACAUCGAGCAGGAUGCGGCGUGCAGAUGGGAUUACGUGCAGGUGCAUGACGGCCCCUCAACGAACAGUCCGCCACUUGGGAGGUUCUGUGGCUACUCGCGACCUAUCUUCACCUCCUCUGGCGAGAACAUGACCAUCAACUUCAUCACUGACGACACCCGCAACUACGCCGGAUUCAAGAUAAAAUACUGGUGCAGCUUAAGGCCGGGUGUGAGUGUGAAGGCCCACGACUCCCACACCGACAACAUCGUCGCCGUGAUCCUCGCCUCCCUCAUGUUCGUCACAGUGUCGUACUUCGUCAUCAUCUCGGCGUGUCGAGGGUCAACCGGAAGGGCGUGGUGGGUCACGUGGUUCAGGCCCACCCAGGACAAAGUCUCAGCUGUGUAUGACCCGUCCGGGGAUGUUGAGACUAUGGAACUCUCUAAGGAUCUCAGCCACAAGACUGAAACCGAAGCAUAGAUCAAAUUAGGUUUAAAGUAUUGCGGUCUUGGUACCCUAGUUCACAGCGAUGUUGCAAUCUGUGUGCACCGUUCAUCCGGAUUGUAUUGUUUCAAAGGAAAGUGUUCAGAUUAGCAGAUCAUUGGCAUCGGAUAAUGUCCAUUGUUUAUGUGUAGACGUUCCAGCAAUGGUCGGGAAGGCGGAUUUCCGAAUUAACGAAGUUCAAAUUAAUGGGGUUCGACUAUAUAUUGGAUGUAUUGUGACCUAUACUUUGGACAUUGUAAAACAAAAGAAGAAAUGGAUCCAUCGGAAUGUGUCUAAAACCUUCGAGGUGUAGACAUAACUCCGUGCUUACUUUCAUUGGCAGUUGGGGGUGCUACGCAUGCUUACCUGUAACAGGAUAUAGUCGAUUUUGUGCCACAUUGUGUUGCAGCCGGCCCUUUGCUAACAUCGAUAACCAUCAGUGGAUCGAUCCAGUUUUGUUCUAAAUUUGCUUAUUGUCCUUGUGAAUCACUUAACGUGUACUGUGUGGACUACGUCUCUUUUCAAUUACAAUUUACAGUUAAGAAA